AUGGCAAACUUUGGAUCUUAUGAAGAUACCCAAACAGGAUUUGAACACAAGUCGUAUGUUUAUGACCCCCAGUUCUCUGCCUUGAGCAUAUUGUGUGGUUUGCCCACUUUCUCUAUCGACUUUGUCGGAUAUUUAUCUAUUGGCCCUCAGCCUACAUUGCAUCCUCUCUAUCUCUAUGUUCUGCCUACCUGUCAUGCAGCUCUCAAGGAUCAUCUUGUUCUCGUUGCUUACGUGGCCAUGCCUGUUGCGCAUUUUUCAGCUUUCGAAAUAUUUGCGGAUACCGAUGUCCCUGUUUUUGUGCUUGCUAACCGUGACGAUGUCAUGCCACCCUUGAAUCUUUCAUGGGUGCAGAACAAGACAGGCAUUGACACAAUGCUGUACGGAGUAUAUUUUCAUGACGGCGUUGCCCACGAGCAUGAGGUGCAAACAAUCAUUCACUAUGUGGGGUUCCCUAUGGGCUUCUAUACCACUAUCCCUGAUGUUGACUACUCGGUUUCCUUUCCGACUUCAGACAACAUGUCCCAAUCAGAUGCUUUAUGGCAAAGCCAUUCCGUCCAAGACUCGUCAAUCCCCAUAUCCUGGCUGGGUUAUACUGUCGAUACUGUGUCAGCUGGCUCUAGUAGUGUCCUUGACACAACACCUGAAGAGGACAUCACACCAGAAAAGAAGGUCGCACCAGAAAAGAAGGUCGAACCAGAAAAGAAGAAGGUCGAACCAGAAAAGAAGAAGGUCGAACCAGCUCAAUUGAAUCUCUACAUGAUCAUGAAGGCGUGUCCCAAGUGGAAAAGGGCCCUCGCACACCUUCGACUAAAAAAUGUGUACCACCUCGAGGUUUGUCUUGGCCGGAUGGAGAAUCCUCAUAUUCUUGUCACUAGUGUGUAUGCCAGGCAUAGAUGCCAGCUUAUUCAUACUCUCUGGCCCCAGUGCCUCGUCAAGGCAAAUGUCACUGCUGAACAGUUGGAAACAGGUAUACAGCCCAACUUCCAGAUAUCUACAAAUGCUUAUUCCUUUCUAGUUUUGAACACAGUGACCAAGGUGCCCUUGUCACAUGAUGAGGUGUUGCUCAUGACGGGUCCAUGGCUGUCACUGUUUCUUUAUGAUAUUAGGCGAGUAGUAAUUCGUUCCAUAGACAAUGUUCAUGCAGGCUUUGGCCUCAGAAGUGAUACAAUAUGGGGCAUAGCUCUAAGGGACAAGCUUCUGGGCCUUAUGCAAAUGUUCAUUCGCCCAUAUGCGAAUAUGCUCCCUAUCGCAAACAACAGAUUUGCUAUCUUCUUAGCAGAGCAGAUCACAAAAGAGAUCGCAUAUCAUAUAGUCUUCCGUAUCAACAGGACAUGCAAGUUCAGGCUCGUUCUGGCUGAUCUCGAUCCUGCUGCAUUCAGGCAUGCUCUGCAUCCUCCAUUAGACACGCUUGCACUGUGUUAUGAGGGCCUGCUGGCAUGGCUGAUUAACAUUUGGGGCGUAACUGACAUCAUGCCCAACUUUCCGACCAUCAUCCAGGUGCACCAAGAAUUGUGCGAAACUAUUUUCAUGCUGCUGCUUCAGGAGAAUGAUCCUGGAUAUGUCUCAUUCCUCAAUGUCCUUCGCAGUUUGUGCACCAUUAUGUGA